UAACUGUGUGCUUAAAAGACACAGAACAAAACAAGAUUUCUGAUUCCUUCAUGCAGGUACCAAUUUGAAACAUGAAGAUGGUAAUUCUGUUUCUCUCUCUUCUGGGAUUGACAAUCGCCUUGCCAGUCAACCAACUUGGUAGAGCCCUUGCUACAAGCAACAGCAGAGAAAUAUUACGACUGCUGCAAAGGUACAGAGCCUUGGGAAACAAUCCACAGCAAACCCAGCAAAGGUCAAAACCUGUGUUUGGGCUGCCUCCAGCGAAGUUGGUUCCAGAUCAGACAACAUUAACAAACCAGCCUCCAAAUGAGGCUACUCCACUUGAAUGGCCAUUUAUAAAUUUCCCCGUGACUCUUCCAAAAAUCCCGUCAGAGCUAGGAACGACAAACUGGCAACCCAUCCCUGGCUUAAAUUUGAUGCCAUUCACACAGAUGAUCCCAAUAGACAUCAAUACUCUUGCUACUCUGUUAGGACUCGGAGGAUUUCCUUCAACACAGACAUUUCCUGUAGCAGGUGGCGGAAUCAAUGUCCCACAUCAGCUGCUACCACCACCACCACCACAAAUACUUCCAAUUUUAUUUGCACAAAUGGGACCGCAGGGUGCAGUGCUCAGUUCCGAAGAAGGGCAAUCACCUUCUCAGGUUUUUACUGGGUUAAUUCUCCCUGGAAUGCAAGGCGUAUUGAUCCCUUCAGGCCAGGCUGAAGCCCUCCCUGAAGGUCAAGAGGGGUUUCUUCCAGCAGGCCAGGCAGGAUCUAACCCGGGCAACUCAGCAGGUCAGCUACCAUUCCCAGAGGGCACAGCAGAUGCAACGGCCCUGGCAGGCAUCCAGAAGGUCUCCCCAGCAAUAAACGAUGGACUGUAUCCAACUCCCGCUGGCUUUAGACAGCCAGGUUACGAUCACAGUGUCACCCAGGAUCCAUUUGGAGAACCCACUGUCUUCGUCAAAAUUAAUAUGGAACCAAGUGAGCUUCGGGAACCACCUACUACCACUGCAAGACCUGAGAACGACAAAAUUCUGGGUGGCCAUACUUUGGCCCAAUCACUUGUGAGAGGAGACAGUCACAUGCCAGUAACCACCAUGGAGAGCAAGCUAUUGAGAGAGCCCUAAAGAAGGAUUAUUUAAUUCCAUGUAUGGUGUGCAUUGAUCAUAACUGCAGAUGUUAAUGC